CAGUCUGACUGGGACCAUGGAGCUCAGUGUGCUCCUCCUGCUUGCUCUCCUCAUAGGACUCUUGGUUCUCUUGGCCAGAGGCUGCCCCAAGGCCCAAGGGCACCUCCCGCCAGGACCCUGUCCUCUACAUUUCUUGGGUAACCUUCUGCGGAUGGACAGAAGAGGCCUACUCAAAUCCUUCCUGACGCUCCAAGAGAAAUAUGGGGAUGUCUUCACCCUGUACCUGGGGCCAAGGCCUGUGGUCAUGCUGUGUGGAACAGAGGCCAUCCGGGAGGCCCUCGUGGACCAAGCUGAGGCCUUCUCUGGCUGGGGGAAAAUCGCUGUCAUUGACCCAGUCGUCCAAGGAUAUGGUGUGAUCUUUGCCAAUGGAGAACGUUGGAGGACCCUUCGCCGAUUCUCUCUGGCCGCCAUGAGGGACUUCGGGAUGGGAAAGCGGAGUGUGGAGGAGCGGAUUCAGGAGGAGGCUCAGUGUCUGUUGGAGGAGCUGUGAAAUACCAAGGGUG